AUGGCCGGCAGAAAAGCAUUGAUCGUACUGGCUCACUCAGAAAAGACAUCCUUCAACUACGCCAUGAAGGAAGCGGCUGUGGAGGCUCUGAAGAGGAAAGGGUGGGAAGUCACGGUGUCGGACCUGUAUGCCAUGAACUUCAACCCCGUCAUCUCCAGGAAGGACAUUACAGGUAAACUGAAGGACCCCGAGAACUUUAAGUAUCCUGUCGAGUCUACUCUCGCUUACAAAGAAGGCCGCCUGAGCCCAGAUAUUGUAGCUGAACAAAAAAAGCUGGAAGCUGCGGACCUUGUGAUUUUUCAGUUCCCACUGCAGUGGUUUGGAGUCCCGGCCAUCCUGAAAGGCUGGUUUGAGCGAGUGCUCAUCGGGGAGUUUGCUUACACAUACGCUGCCAUGUAUGACAAGGGACCUUUCCGGAAUAAGAAGGCAGUGCUGUCCUUCACCACUGGGGGCAGCGACUCCAUGUACUCUCUGCAGGGAGUCCACGGGGACAUGAAUAUCAUCCUCUGGCCAAUUCAGAGCGGCACUCUGCAUUUCUGCGGCUUCCAGGUCUUAGAACCUCAACUGACAUACAGCGUUGGGCACAUUCCCGCGGACGCCCGACUUCAGGUCCUGGAGGGAUGGAAGAAACGCCUGGAGAACAUCUGGGAUGAGACGCCACUCUAUUUUGCUCCAAGUAGUUUCUUUGACCUAAACUUUCAGGCAGGAUUCUUACUGAAAAAGGAGGUCCAGGAAGAGCAGAGAGAUAAGAAGUGUGGCCUCUCUGUGGGCCAUCACUUGGGCAAGUCCAUCCCGAAUGACAACCAGAUCAAAGCCAGAAAGUAA